GAAGUACUGGAACUCCUAAUUUAACACUAUUUGAGCAUAGCCUGUUCUUUUUCCAAGGAAGAAUCUCUUUUGAGGAUACUGGAAAUUGUCCUUCCAUGACCAUCUCAAGUCCAACGUAAAUGUGCAUAUUACUGUAGUCUAAAAUGUGGUAUGCACGUGUGUGUAAGCACAAGGAGGAAGAUGAUUCACAGCAAAAAUCCUGUACAUGUCUAUUCAAAAGUGCUAUAAAACUAAAUGGGCGUUACCUCUAGAUGAUGGCACAGACACAAGGCUUUGGGAGAAGGUACAUAAAAGCCUUUCUGAAAGGCUUCUUUGUCGCUGUUCCUGUGACUGUGACUUUCCUUGACAGAGUGGCUUGCAUAGCAAGAGUAGAAGGAGCUUCAAUGCAGCCUUCUUUGAAUCCAGGAGGAAGACAGGUAUCAGAUGUAGUACUUUUAAACCAUUGGAGUAUUAGAAAUUAUGAAGUGCAACGUGGAGACAUAGUUUCACUGGUGUCUCCAAGAAACCCAGAGCAGAAGAUCAUUAAACGAGUGAUUGCUCUUGAAGGGGACAUUAUCAAAACCAUAGGCUACAAAAAGAAGUAUGUGAAGGUUCCACAUGGCCACAUGUGGGUAGAAGGUGAUCAUCAUGGACAUAGCUUUGAUAGCAAUGCUUUUGGCCCAAAUGGAUCUCCUGAUACGAUGGUAUCUGCAGAAGGCCCUCAAUUGCAGAGCGCAGUGAACAACUGGAUAUAUAAGGGGUCUCUCUUGGACUUUUACAUGCUCGAGCAACCCAUGUACUCUGGCCUCCAGGGCGCUGGCAGAGGUUACAGCCCGAGGUUCCUCCGGAACGCCAGCCUCUCCAGAAUGAGCAGGACUGACUGAUUUGUGUCUGGUGGGGAAACAGGUUAUCGAACCUAGUAUUAACUAUAGGAAAGGGGUAAGAACAGCUACUGACAGAAGUGCCCAACUGUACAGAGGUGCUGCAAGCAAAAUACAUUUGCAUUAUUGUAAAACCAGAUUUCAUUUAAUCACAUGAAAUGGUGCAUCCUUUGUUCUGAAGCAAUUGUGUAUUUGAAAUUUCAACUUACCAAAAGCUGUACAGAGCUUGAAAUUUUGUAUCUAUCCCAGUACCUCUGCAGAUGUGAAAUGUGUCAUUUUUUUCCUGUUAAAUGUUUAAUCAUUUUUUUACAGGAGAUUUGAUUUUUCAGCUAGAUCUUAAAAUUAAUAUUGGAUUGUGAAAACAUGAAGUCAACCAUAUAUUUCAUCAUUACUGCCAAAGCUACAUACAUAAUUGUAACAUUUUGGAUUGCAGAAGGAUUGUUUGUACUGAACGAAUGGCAUUUCUAGUCCAGAAAAGUGUUAUACAAUCUGUCUUAAAAAAUUAAA